AUGAUCCCGUACUCAAAGCCUUUCCAGCCGCCCAACUCGUUGCAAUACGUCGACAAUGUCUUGAAGACAGGAAAGUUGGCUCAAGGGCCGUAUACACAAAGGUGCGAGGAAUGGCUAGAAGAUAUGAUGCAAGCCGGAAAGGCUUUUCUGGUGACCUCCGGGACGACAGCGCUCGAGAUGGCCGCCAUGGUUAUCGAUAUUCAAGCAGGUGACGAAGUCAUCUUUCCCAGCUAUACGUUCGUGUCCACGGUCAACGCCUUCGUCAGCCGGGGGGCCACGCCUGUGUUUGUCGAUAUCGAGAGGGACACGAUGAACAUGGACGCAAAUCUGGUCGAGGCUGCAAUCUCCGAAAGAACGCGGGCCAUUGUCCCGGUCCACUACGCCGGUAUCUCGUGCGACAUGGACGCACUGAUGGACAUUGCGUCCCGUCACAACCUUCUCGUUGUGGAAGAUGCAGCACAGAGCCUCACUUCCAAAUAUCGCGGUGUGUAUUCUGGCACUAUUGGGCACAUCGGCUGCAUCAGCUUCCACGAGACGAAGAACGUCACGUCCGGAGGCCAGGGCGGUGCCGUUUUGAUCAACCGGGACGACUUGGUCGAGAGGGCCGAGGUCGUCUACGACAACGGCACCAACAGAGUAAAAUUCUUCCGCGAAAAGUUGCCAAUGUAUGAGUGGCAGGACAUCGGAUCCAACUAUGUCAUGUCCGAGGUGCUUGCCGCCCUCCUGUGGUCCCAUCUCGAGAUGGCGCAAUUCAUCCAGCAGACCAGGCUAAGGAUCUGGAAUACAUACCAAGCCUCGCUCAAGCCGCUGUCAGAGUCUUCGGGAGAGUUCUUCCUGCCAAAAAUGCCAGAAAGCUGCGAGCACAAUGGUCACAUAUUCUACCUCAAGCUGCGGGACGCAUCUCGUCGUCCGGGCUUCGUUCGGUACAUGAAAGAGAACGGGGUAUCUGUAUCUUCCCACUACUCUCCCCUCCAUAUGUCAGCGAUCGGGAAGAAGAUUGGGAAAUUUUUUGGAAAAGACGAGAACACUUCCGUGGCAAGCCUUCAACUUGUGCGUCUGCCCAUCUUUUUUGAGAUGAGCGACGAAGAACAGAACAAGGUUAUUUCACUGGUACAGAGUUACUUUGGGCGCAAGGCGUCGAGGCUUUAG